AUGAAUCCUCUUCUUACUGGAACGCUGGCAAAUGCUAGUAGCUCCUAUACUGGCGACGAGAUGUAUAGAUGCAAGUAUGGUGAAACCCCUAAACUGACAUCUAAAAAUUACCACCAGUGGAGCCGUGACAUGAGUCUUUAUCUCAAUGCAUGCAAGGCUCUGGAUAUCGUACUAGGAAAGGCCGACCAGCCAUCAGGCAGCAAGGCCGCUGAAUACAAGGACAGACAAGGAAUAGCUGCAGCUAUGAUUAAUGCCUCCUGUCAUUACUCGGUCAGAAGUCACAUUGACGGAAUUAUAGAUCCAUAUGAGAUGUGGAAAGUCCUGAAAGCACGACUGGAUACCACAAACACUAGAGCUGGCAGAACCGCUAUCCUUCAAAGGUUUAGUCGUCUCCGUCCAGGUUCAGGAACGAACAGCCUGAACGAGUUCAUUUCCAGCCUGCUUGACUGUCGAAAGGAACUGGCUGGCUCUACUCAAUCCAUUUCGGAUGAGACCUUUAUCUCCCAAUUGAUUAUCUCGCUGCCAGAUAAGUAUAACGGAAUAAUCGAUAUUAUCACUCAUCAGGCCAGCGAAAAUCAGACUGUUGAUAAUGUUAUUGCUACUCUAUUGGAAUGGGACAGCGCUGCCCGCAACCGUCAAGCUGAAGCUGUAGGAGCCGGAAUCAAUACAAGUUCAACUUCCUCACACGCUCUCGAGGCCAGAACAAAUCCUAGGAUGCGAAACUUCAGAACCCACAAACCAUAUCAACGUCCGUCUAGCACUGAAUGCUGGUACUGCGGUAUGCGUGGACAUAGACAGGAUGUAUGCAGAAUAAAAAAGAGAGGAGAAGCGGCAAGAAACAGACAUAAUGGUGGCCAGAUAUCAGCAUCAAAUACGACUUCAGAUACUUCUGGUGAUAGAAAUCCCAACACAGCUGUUGAUGAUGACGGUGAUAUACAGGCUUCAUAUACAACAGUUCAAGCACUCGUUACUCUUGAUGGAGUCAGUACCACAAGUAAAUGGAUCAUUGACUCGGGUGUAUCUCACCAUCUGUCCUGCAAUUCUCGGGAUUUCCAAACACUUAAACGUUUGAAUACCACCCAUAAUGUAUAUUUGGGGGAUGGGACAUAUAUUCCUGCAUUAGGAAUAGGACUCAUUCGGUUUCAGUUUGGCUUGAAUAAGAGUGAUGUGAUCGACCUCGAAGCACUCUACGUUCCACAACUUCGAUCAUGUCUUCUCUCAGUCAGUAAAUUAUCUGAGCGUUACAGAAUAACAUUUAAUGGAGCUGAAUGUUUAAUCUCGAAUCGGUCACCCUCAAGUACUAAAGUACUAUUACUCGGGAGAAUUAGGGAAGGACUAUAUCAUCUUCAGGCCAAUAUUAUUCCCUCUCGUUUCCAUCAUAAAAUACAAGCAGUUAGUAACAUAUCAAUGAAUAAUCAGAUUACCGUUAAUGUCACCUCACUACCUAGCUUGAAUCUCUGGCAUCUUCGUCUUGCACAUCUUGGAAUUGACGCAGUAAAGCAUCUCAUUGGUGAAGCUGGCUAUUCCGACUCGGAUGGAAAACAUAAUCAAAUUGGACUCUGUGACGUAUGUUUGAAGGCAAAACAACAACGGAUAAUUGAACGAAAGCCUGCUACAAGAACAAAACAACCAUUUGAGCUUAUUCAUUCAGAUUUAUGCAGGCCAAUGACAACACCUUCAAUAUCCGCCAUCAAAUACUUUAUCUUAUAUAUCGAUGAUUACUCGCGCGUUCCAUGGGUAUAUUUCUUGCGAUCAAAAACAGCAGUGGAUAUUGUAUCCGUCUUUCAAGAAUUCAAAGCCCGAGUUGAAAAGCAAUUUCCCGAAUGGCCAAUCACCAGGUUUAGAUGUGACAAUGGAAAGGGAGAAUAUGAUAACAGCCUUUUUCGUGGAAUACUUCGGGUUUCUGGCAUAACAUUUGAACCAUCACCACCAUACGCUCAGCAUAAAAACGGAGUGAGCGAACGAAUGAUACGCACAAUCGUGACGAAAGCCCGUGCUCUUAUCAUUGACAGCCACUUGAGUGACAAUUUCUGGGCAGAGGCAGUCAAUACAGCAGUGUAUCUGCAUAUCCGUUCACCAUCAAGAUCACGUUUAUGGGAUCCUGUUGGUGAGCGAGUUAUACAAGCAUCAGACGUCAAAUUUGAUGAAGAGAAGAUAGUGGGAAGCAGCAAUAUUAGUUCAGAUAUCAAAGGCGAUACUGAGAUCUUGAAAUCUUGUCUUAGCGAUAACAUGCCACUCGAAGACGAUGAUAUGGACUACGGCACUGUUCAAGGUUCAGAGACGUUCGAUCCACCGAAGUCAUAUGGGCAGCAUUUAUAUGAAAUAUCAGACAGAACUGCAAGUGAGAAAUCCGUGAGUACACGGGAAGUGGAAAUGAUUGAUAGUCAGGCAACUACACUCGAGAGUACAGCUCACGACAGAAAUCUUGCGGUAGCAAAAGAUAUUUCUAAACCGCAAAGUCAACCGUUACGACGGUCAAGUAGAAUUGGCGCAAAUAUUGCAGAUGUAACUGACAAUGAACACACUGAUCCUAAUAGCUUUGAAGAAGCUUUAGCGCACCCUCAAAGUAAAAGCUGGAAGACAGCGAUCAUUGAAGAGCUAAAUUCAUUGGAAACGAACAAGACUUGGGAAUAUGUUGACGCUACCCCAUAUACCGUAGGGAGAGCAAUCGGCUGUAAAUGGGUCUUCAAAACGAAGACUACUGCUGAUAAUACCAUUAGACAUAAAGCCAGAUUGGUAGUUAAAGGGUAUGAACAGGUCGAAGGAAUCGACUAUGGUGAAACUUACGCACCUGUAGCAAGAUUGACAACGCUUCGUCUUCUUCUUGCUAAAGCGGCAUUGCACCGCUGGAAAAUACACCAAAUGGAUGUGGUGACCGCAUUUCUCAAUCCUACAAUUGAUGCGGAGGUAUAUAUGGAAGUUCCAGAAGGAAUGAAUAGUCUUGCUCCAUCAAAAUUGAAUCUUAAUGGAAAGAUAUGCCGAUUAAAAAAGGUAUUAUACGGCUUAAAGCAAGCUCCACGCCUCUGGCAUAACAGUAUCAACGACUAUCUGGAGACCACCGGCUUUACUAAAUCCGCUGGUGACCCAAAUCUGUACAUUGGACAGGAUUCGUAUCUGCUACUAUAUGUGGACGAUAUUUUAAUCAUGUCCCCUAAUAUCUCGAUCAUUCGUGAGAUUAAGAUUAGUCUUCAGAGACGAUAUAAGAUGACUGAUAUGGGAGAGGCCAGACAAUUCAUUGGACUCGAAAUAACAUACUUGAGUGGAAAAGAUAUGGAGCUUAAUACUAUAUAUCUUAGUCAGUCACGGUUUAUAAUGACUAUACUCAAGAGAUUUGGAAUGAUAAAUUGUAACGGGGUCUCUACUCCAAUUGACAGCAGUAUCAAACUACGCCACGCUAUCUCUGAAACUGAUAUUCUUGAAAAAUCACAAGUACGAGAUUAUCAAAGACUAAUCGCCAGCCUGAUGUACCUUAUGCUAGGGACUCGACCCGAUUUGGCCUAUACAGUAUCAGCACUCAGUCAGUUUUGUUCAAAGCCGACGUCAGUACACCAAGCUGCUGCAAAAAGAGUGCUCCGAUAUUUGAAGAGUACUCACAAUCUCGCCCUCAGGUUUCAGGAAUGCAAAAUGACAAGCAAUAAUGGCGAAUCUGUUGUUGAUAGAACACAUCUAGAAGGUGAUUUAAUAAUAGGAUACACGGACGCUGAUUGGGCAGGCAAUCUCAACGAUAGGCACUCUACUUCAGGAUAUGUCUUUAAUCUUGCGGGUGCAGCUAUCAGCUGGAAAUCAAGGAAGCAAAGCUUUGUUGCCCUUUCAACUACAGAAGCCGAAUAUGCAGCCUGUAGUGAGGCAGUACAGGAAGCCAUCUGGCUUAGACGAAUGUUCUAUAAUCUUGAUCAACCUGAUGAUAUAUCUCGGAGCAAUCCGACUAAAAACGAAAAACCAAAUGACUCCAUAAAGAACGCACACAACGCUAUACCCGGCGCUACUCCUCAACUUAUAUUUGCUGAUAAUCAAGGGGCCAUGAAUUUAGCUGUUAAAUUUGGUUUUUCUGAGAGGACAAAACAUAUUGAUAUCAAGUACCAUUUUGUCAAAGAGGCUUGUCAGCGAGAACAAGUACAAUUGGAGUAUAUUCCAACUGAAUACAUGAUAGCAGAUAUUCAUACAAAAGCACUACCUAAUGCAGUGCACUGGAAACACCUGAAUGCGAUGGGAUUGAGGAGGAGAGAAUGA